UCCUGUUUCUACGAUAGAGAAGGGCGCGAGAUAGAAAUCCAGGAGCGCGGAUAUUACAACCCGGGCGCUAUGCUCCAGCUGGUUACAGGCUGCAACUUUACCAUUCAAUACAACAGCACCGGGCCUCCAUCACCGGCGCUGACCGCCUCAUAAACACAAUAAACACGCAGAAUACGACGAUACAAUACUAAAUAUACAUGCACAUGACGUGCAACCGCAACAGGACAAAUAUCCGUGUGUGACCGUAAACAACAGAAAAACAGAGGGAAAUGUCUUUGUGGCCGCGCGGUGAGGAUGGGGAUGAGGCCAUGCAACAAGACACCGAUUCUGAUGUGGCAGAACAGAGAGACGGUGGGAAAGUGAAGGUGAAAUGGACACAAGAGGAGGAUGACAAGCUCAAGGCGCUGGUUCAAAAGCUGGGACCAAAUGAUUGGAAAUAUAUUGCCAACUACAUACCAAAUCACAGUGAGCACCAGUGUCAGCACCGUUGGUUUAAGGUCUUGGAUCCAGAAUUGGUUAAAGGCCCUUGGACCAAAGAGGAGGAUGAGAAGGUCAUAGAGCUUGUAAAUCUCUACGGCAACAAACAGUGGGCAACGGUAGCCAAGCAUCUGAAGGGCAGACUGGGGAAGCAGUGCAGAGAGCGUUGGCACAACCACCUCAACCCCAAUGUGAAGAAGUCGUCCUGGACAGCAGAGGAGGACCUCAUCAUCUACAAGGCUCACUGCCUGCUCGGAAACCGCUGGGCCGAGAUCGCCAAGCUGCUCCCAGGAAGAACGGACAACGCAGUGAAGAAUCACUGGAAUUCCACCAUCAAACGCAAAUUAGAAAUGGGCUUCUAUGCCGGGGAGGUCUUUAGGCCGAAUGAGCUUGAAGAGCUGUCGGCCCGCGUUAAUAAAAAUGUGCAGAUGUCCAGUGGCUCUCAAGAUGGUCCAGAAAAGGAGUCUGAGCAGAAAACGCAUUCUUCAGAAACGCCCCUCGCAGCCUCGAUUAAAGCCGUCCCAAGUGAAGCAGGGCCCUUAAAGGCUGCGUCCUCUCCAAAGCAAAGUUUAAGCCCCAAGACUGAAGCCGACACCACAGGAGACAUGAACAGUACCAGCUGGGUGGUGGACAGCUCGGGCUUUCUCUCCCCUACUGGCCCAGCGCUGAAGGAAGUGCUGGACAUGGUGGACGGGGACAUCGAUGGCUGGUGCAACCUGGCAGCCUUUGACCUGCCUGAGCACAGUCCGAGCCCAGAGCGCCACCGGUUUCGUCUGGAGGGCAGCGCCUUGCAGGAGUUAAGCAAAAACAGCAAGGGGGAACUCAUCCCCAUCUCUCCCGGAGGGGUCACGCCGCCCUCCAUACUGAACCACAAGAGCCGGAGACGCAUCGCCUUGUCUCCUGAUGCCAAUAACUCCAUGACUCCCAUGAGCACUCCUGUCAAAAUCUUGCCCUUUUCUCCAUCUCAAUUCCUCAACAUGUGGACCAAGCAGGACACUCAUGACCUGGAGAACCCGUCUCUCACAUCCACGCCAGUGUGCAGCCAAAAAGCCAUUGUUACUACACCGCUUCAGCGUGACAAGACCCCCCUCACCCAGAAGGAAAACUCAGUAUUUGUUACACCCAACCACAAGUUUGAGCUCUAUACGACCCCGCGAACUCCGACGCCAUUCAAAAAUGCCAUGGAGAAGUACGGGCCUCUGCAGCCUCUGCCUCAGACUCCGAACCUUGAAGACGACAUAAACGAGGUCAUCCUCCGAGACUCUGGGAUCGACCUGCUUAACGUGCGUUCGACUCCGCCUGAGCAAAGACGCAAAACUAUGCAUCGGCCUCCUAUGAAGAAAGUGCGAAAAUCAUUGGCCCUAGAUGUCGUGGACUGCCAGGUGAUGACUAUAUCCAAACGCAAGUCCAUCAAACUUGAAGCCAAACACUCCAUCAAGGAAGAACCGGUGAUACUUUCUCUCAACUCUUCGUCAUUUUGCAGUAAGCAGCAUGAGAAUAUUCUGGACCAGGGCUUCCUUCUGGGACCAAGUGACAGUACCAUAUUUCCCAGCACGGUGCCCCCAGUUCCGAUGUCAAAAGAAUGGGAGACGGUUGUUUGUGGACAAACUGAAGACCAGCUCAUAAUGACGGAGAAAGCAAGACGCUACCUUCGCUCACUAAAGUCCCACACUACUAGCCGGGCUCUGAUUCUGUCCUGAGACACGUCUCAUCUUUACACCCGCAUGUUACACAUGCAACACUUUAUGUUGUUGUUUUUCCCUAUACUUCUUCCUGUUGUUAUUUGUGGUGUGGAAAAGGAACAUGUCAUGUGUAGGUUUAGUCAUCAAAACACUGACAAUAUUUGGCAAUAUCAGUAAUUUCAGAGAGAACAGUGCUUUUAGAUUUAUUCUCACUCCAAUGGCCUUGUGCAAGGCUUUCAAAAACAAGUCAUUUCAUUGUAUUGUCACUUCCACAUGAAAAAGAACAAUGAAUGUAAAAUUAAAAAAUCACGGCUAUAGUAUACUUUUGCUAUCACUGAAAAGACAUGGUUUUACAUUGCAUAAUGUGUGUGUAAUUUAACUGUUUUUUAAAGUUGUGAAUAGUACAAGGACUCAAGUUGCACUUCCACAUCUUAAGUUCUGUUGUAUAACUAAGUGAUGAAUACACUUGGGAACCAUUUUUGUUGUUGCUGUAUCCGUGUAGUUGCAACAGAAUGGACGCAUGGAUGCUGUACCACCACUGAUGGAAAGAGUAUUCUGUCAUUUGGCACCGUUUGUAAAUAUUCAGAGUUGUAUGUUUUUACUUUAUCAUACAGCAUUUUGUGAAGAAAUUUAAUAUAAUACCAAUAUGUCCAAUACACACUUUUCUCCUGAUUAUGCUGCGACAUCACAAAGCAGCAUAUCUAAUGUAAACCUGGCAUUUAGCAUCUCACUUGUAAGUAGUUUUCCAAUAGGUUCGAUUAAACCAGAAAACCAAAAAAUUCUGCUAAAUAAUAUGUGCUAAAGUACUUUACAGUAGGAAAUGAGUAGAAGGACAUGGUUAGGUUUUAUAAUUUUUUUGGGUAACUGUAGCCUACAUUAGAUCACAAAUGCCAGGCUCUAUUUAACCUGCUAUGAUUAAAUGCAUUGGAAUUCAGAACCAUCUUAACAUUUUUGAGCAUUUUAAAAUUAUUUUACAUAAUGUAUGUCUUGCAAAUGUGGCCUUAAAGUGUUGCGAACACCUACAUGGUUUACAUUAUAAAUCAUACUGUCUAUGUAUAAACACCAUUUUAUGAAAUAAAACAUUUGCCUACAAAUUAA